GGAGGAACCGGAAGCGCGUUCUGGCAGUAGCGCCGGCCCGGGGCAGCGCGAGAACGCGCAGGGAGGCGCGGGUCCGGGCAUGAAGCUGGGCCGGGCCGCGCUGGGCCUGCUGCUGCUGGCGCCGUUGGCGGUGCGGGCGGUGGAGCCCAUCAGCCUGGGACUGGCCCUGGCCGGCGUCCUCACCGGCUACAUCUACCCGCGUCUCUACUGCCUCUUCACGGAGUGCUGCGGCCAGAAGCGGAGCCUCAGCCGGGAAGCGCUGCAGAAGGAUCUGGACAGCAAGCUCUUCGGACAGCAUCUUGCAAAGAAAGUCAUCUUAAAUGCCGUGUCCGGCUUCAUAAGCAACCCGAAGCCGAAGAAACCCCUGACCCUCUCUCUGCACGGGUGGACGGGCACGGGCAAAAAUUUUGUCAGCAAGAUCAUCGCGGAGAAUAUUUACGAGGGUGGUCUGAACAGUGACUAUGUCCACCUGUUUGUGGCCACGCUGCACUUUCCACACGCCUCCAACAUCACGCUGUAUAAGGACCAGUUACAGUUGUGGAUCCGCGGCAACGUGAGUGCCUGCGCGAGGUCCAUCUUCAUCUUCGAUGAGAUGGACAAGAUGCAUGCGGGCCUCAUAGAUGCCAUCAAGCCUUUUCUAGACUAUUAUGACCACUUGGACGGGGUCUCCUACCAGAAAGCCAUCUUCAUAUUUCUCAGCAAUGCUGGAGCCGAAAGGAUCACAGACGUGGCUUUAGAUUUCUGGAGAAGUGGGAAGCAGAGGGAGGAGAUCAAGCUCAAAGACAUGGAGCCAGCCUUGUCCGUGUCAGCCUUCAAUAACAAGAAUAGUGGCUUCUGGCAUAGCAGCCUGAUUGACCGAAAUCUCAUUGAUUAUUUUGUUCCCUUCCUCCCCCUGGAAUAUAAACACCUAAAAAUGUGCAUCAGAGUCGAAAUGCAGUCCCGAGGCUUUGAAAUUGACGAGGACAUUGUAACCAAAGUGGCUGACGAGAUGACAUUUUUCCCCAAAGAGGAGAGAGUUUUCUCUGACAAAGGCUGCAAAACCGUGUUCACCAAGUUAGAUUACUACUACGAUGACUGAUGGCGGCCUGGAGUCACUGCUUCGAGUCCGAGAAGAAGGAACUCAGCACACGGCUGUCUUCCCGGACCUCCCCUAGCCCUGUCCUCUGGAAGAGGACUGAAGGAAACGCUUCCUGUGGGACAGGACAGGCAUUUUCCUGGGCCAUUUUCAUCCAGUGAAGCUUGAUGGCAUCAGACCCUACAGAUCGUGGACUUUGGAACAGCCCCAGGAGCCUUUAGCGGAGGAAGCAGGCAGCUCCCAGUCUGCUUGGCCCAGGGCUCAUGAUUUUUUAAAAAAUCAUGUUUUAAUUUCAAGUGUUUCUGUUUCAAGGAAGGACGUCUUAAGUUUUACUGAAAAUGUAGUAACUUUAUUUAAAAUGGUUUUUAACAUUAUGAGAAACUUUUCAGACUCUA